UGUAGAUGCUAGCCCUUCUCCUUUCUUCCCGUCGCGUCCUCUUCUCAUCCCGCACAAGGCCAGCGCCGCCCUCCUUGAUCCCGGGCGGUGCGCCUCAAGCUGAUAAAACUCCCUUCUCCCAGUGUGAUUCCCCUUUCCCAUGUCCCGGCCGCUCUACAAUCUCCGGCGACGCCUCCUCGCCUCAACCCUUCGAGUCCUCCCAUCGCCCUCGCACCGCCUCUCCACCACCACCUCCACUCCGGCAACCCGCGCCCCCACCACCCCCGUGGCCGUCCUCUGGGACCUGGCCGCCUCCCGCCCGCCCUCCAAGCACCCCCUCUACGACUCCGCCGUCCGCCUCCACCUCGCCGCCUCCUCCUUCGGCCGCCUCCGUUUCUCCGCCGCGUUCCUCCACCCCUGCCACCGGCUCCCCGACCCCGAUCCCUCCGCCGACGCCACCAAUCUCUGCCGCGUCUGCGGCCGCAAAUUCCGGGCCCGCGACGCGCUGCUCCGCCACUUCGACACCAUCCACACCCGCGAGCACGCCAAGCGCCUCGAACGAAUCGAGUCCUCCCGCGGGGACCGCCGCGUGCGCCUCGCCGCGUCCCUGUCUUUCAAGCUCUCCAAGUACACCAAGGCCGCCCGCGAGCUCACCGCCGGCGUGAACCCGGGCUCUCCAGCCGACGAGCUGCGCCGAGCCGGAGUCCACGCCGAGCUCUCCAGGUACCCGUCGACCGCCCUCCGGGAUCGCGCCCAAGAGGUGCUCGACGAUGGGUCCGUGGGCUGCCUGCUGCUGGUCUCGGGGCGGGAGGAGCUCUCCCCUCUGCUGCGACUGGCGAAGGAGAAGGGCGUGCGGUCGGUGGUGGUCGGCGGCGAGUCAGGGCUGGCAAGGUGGGCAGACACAGGCUUCACCUGGGCAGAGGUGAUCGCCGGAAAGGCCAGGAAGGCAGCGCCGUCCAUGUCCGGGAAAUGGCGGGACAGGGACGUGCUCAAGGGGCUGGAGUGGAGGUAUGAAGAUGACGACGAGGAAGAUGUGAUGUUUGAGGAGGACGGCGAUGGAGAUGGUUCAGAAGAGCUGGCAGGGAGUGCAAACGGAAAGCCAUGGUGGAAGCUGGAAUCAGAUGGCGAGGACUCAUCACUUUGCACAUAAAGUGCUUGUUCAUUUGCUGCUUGGGGGUUGGGAUCCUUCAGAGAACAGAACAAGUGUGGAUUAUGCUACACCAGUGGCGCCAUCAGAUCUUUGAACAAUGAUUUGUUUGCAGUGCAAGGAUGAGUAGUUCAAUCAAAGUUCUAUGCUAGGCAGAGCUUUUCCUUUAGAUCAUUUGAGCUCUCUGAACUUGUGAACCUACCGCUUCGGCUAUUAUCGCUACUCCUAUAGUACUUGGUGAUUACAGGGAUAUCCUUUGCUGGAAGCUCACUCCUUCUGGUAAAUGCAAUUCAAAGAGCACUUACAAGUUGUGUUCACAACAAAUUCAUGCUGUGCAGGCAAAUCAACCGAGGCAGGUAAAUCAAUCAACCAAAGAUAUUAUGCAGCAGGUCUGGAAGUAGAAAUUCAUGGCUCCAAGGGUCAAAACUUUUGCUCAGCGCUUACUUAGGCAUGCUCUCCCUACUGGUCUUAAGAGCUGACAGAUUUUUCCUCUCAUAUUUCUUCUACAUCCUCUAGAUGUGAUUCAGAUGAAGAUGAUAUGCACCUUUUCUUUCUCUGCAACUUUGCUAGAGCCUCUUGGUUUGGGCACCCACGGUAUAUUAAAUUGAUAUUCUUGCUCUCAAUCAUAAUUUUGUUCUUGAUAUCAUUCGGGAUCUAAUUAACAUGAACCAUCCGCAAGCCUCCUUUCCUAACAUGAACCUUUUUGUGGUGUUUGUGGAAAUCAAGAAACGAUGUUCUUUUUUGCAGGAAAAACUCGAUGCUUGCCAUUGCCUCUGUCCAAGAUAUGCAAGAUCCCCCCCCCCCAAUUGGUUUUCGCCCAGUUUUCUAUAAAUUAACUGGGCAAUUCUCUUCUUCUUAAUUAAUCGAUGAGGCAAAACUUUUGCCUCCGUUUCGAAAAAAAAAGAUCCCCACCAAGAAAAUCCUAAAAAUCAGCUGCCUUCUUCAAAGGAGCAAUCUACAGCCAUCCUCUCUCAAGGACAAGAACAAGUUCAGCAAGGCUCCACCCUCAGAUCUGACUUGGCUGUUACAGGUACCAAAAUAUAUUCUGAUGCUUCUUGGCAAAAGAAGAAAUGUUCCUGGGUAUGGAGGCAAUCCAAUCCAGCUACUGGAAUCGGAGUUCACAAAUCACAUCCUCAUCCCCAACGACAAUUCUGAUUCAAGCCUCUACUCAUGAUGUUCAUUCACCUCUAAUUCAAGAGUUGAACCUGUCUUUAGUUGUUCUCAUUCUUCUCGUGCCAAUGUAUCUUGCCCUUUUCUGCAAUCUUUUUCUCAACUUUCAGG